GUAAGAUUAAAAAUGACUUCAGGCAGUUCAGGAGCGGUAUUUUUUUUAGGGACCAGAGCUCAUUAUCAGGUGUUAGAUCAGCCCGAAUCUAGAUUCGAUUCGGAGAACGGCAACACGUCAACGGAGACGAUUUACCAGAACACCAGCCAGGAGUUGUGGCCGAAGCCGCAGACCAGCUACGAUGACGUCGACAGGAGGAAUUGGAACUGUGAAAGUGACGUCACUGUGACGUAUGAGAAAGAAAAACAAGAGAUAGGUGUUGGAGUUAAGAGGAGAAUCAAAAGACGCCAGAGUGAAGCUGCCCUCUGCGAGGAGAUGCGCCCUGCUGCGCUUAAUUGUCUUGCUGAUAAUGAGCCGAAGCCGAAGCCUCGCCGCGUCUCCUUACUGAGUUUCCUGAGCUCGUUGGCGCGGCGCAAGCGGAAGCUGGAGUCAGACCAGGUGCAGUAUCUGCGCCAUCUGGAGAGUGCACUCACCAACUGCACUUACAGGGAAUCCUGUAGAUGUCUUGACUGUCAGAGUCGAUAUUUCGAAUGUGACGAAAGCGACGAGGACUAUAGUUCCGACGAGAGCGAGUACACACCACGGUAUUCCGUCCACCCUGAGCCAAUUGCCGAGCAUGAUCACGUCGACUCUGAUGAUGAGGUAUUUACAAACUCUGUGGCUGGUGAUAACACAUCGACUGAUCUUCUGCUCGACGCCAAGGAGAAGAUGUCGACCUCUUCGGACCCAUUGGAUGAGGAGGCGGGCCUGGAUCUCGAGGUAGCUGCCGGCACCCCUGUGCUGCUAAACUAUCUCCUCACUCAUCCCAUCACAUGUGCCAUUCAGUAAUUGUCAUACCAACCUAAAGAUCUCAAAUUGCAAUUUUAAGGUCGACGAUAUCGUAAAGGUUUCAGAACGCACACUGAUCUAAGAUUCCUAAAAUAAAAUCAAGGCUAAACGACUUUAG